AUGGUGCGUUCUUCAUGUGUUUUUCUUUUCCUUUUAUUUGAGACUUUGUUGUUCAUUUUUGCGAAUAAUAAUAAUAAUAAUGUGUUCUUUCUGAAAUUUGUUAAGUGCGAUGUUUAUUUGAUCCAUAAAACGGGAAGGGAUUCCAAUUCUAAUGGACAUAUCCAUUUAGACAUAAAUUAUCAAGAUGGAAAAGGACAUUUAAAUGAAAUUGAAAAAAAAAAAGAAGAAAAAAAUGAAAAGGAGAUGAAAUGGAAAAAAGAACAAGCAAAUAAUAUUACACGAAAUGAUAGGAUAAAAGGAAUAUUAACUAGUUUUUCGUUACAAAAUAUUAAGAAAAUAUUUCUGCAUUUUGCACAUAAAAAUAGUACCAAGGGGAUGAAUUACCAAACUUACUCUUUUAAUACGAUUGAAAAAAAGGAAGAGGAAAAGGAAAAGGGAAAAAAAAAGGGAAAUCAUGCUUUUAAUAUAUACAGACUGAAAAGCAAAAUUAUGUAUAAACCAUCUCAGAAUUUUUCCUUUUUAGAAAUACCUAACGAGAGCUUAAUCAAAUUUGAAAGAAGCUUAUCGAGGGAGGGCACAAAUUUGGAUCUUCCUCGGAAGAACUCCCUUAAGUCAAGAAAACACAGUAACGCUUUAACCAAAAAUGAGCAUAUGAACGCGUGUCAUUACAGUUUUUUAGAAGAUAAAAAUGAGUGGAUUUAUUUUCCUAUUCUACCUAUUACAUGUCGACAAACAGGGUGCCCCAACUCAUAUCAAAUGUGUAUUCCAGUGAAAGUCAACCCUGAUAAUUUUGAUGGAAAAAAAAUUUACGAAAUUGUUAUUAAAGAGUUUGAUAAACGUAUGCCACUAUUUAAGUUUGCAAAUGCAAGCAUCUAUUCUGGAGAUAAUUAUAAUCUUGUUUAUACGUGUGUUUGUAAGAAAUAUUUAGAUGAUGGCUUUUGUGACGAGUCAGUAGAGUAA